CUCAGUUGAUCUGUGGUCAGUUGUCAGAUGUCAUGUUAUUUGUGUUUUGUGAAAUUGUGAAUUUUUGGUAUUUCAUUUUAUUUUGUUCUUGUUUUGUCAUAUCGGAUACUUUAAUAUCAUUAAAGAAUAGUUUAAACAAAUACUCUGAUUAUACAUAGUUUUUACGUUGAUGUCUAGAAAGAAUCGCAAUGCAUACAGAGAUUCGUUGGACAUUUACAAGGCGAAGAAAGGUAUACGGCACUAUCGGGUGGCAAACAUGGAAGAAGUUUUACGCGAUUUCCAGAAAGACCCCAUAGUGCUGUGCGAGCGGUAUGAUAUAACACCUUAUCUAACAAAACAACCCUAUUUGAGGAAACCAACCUUCGUGGCCAUAGAUCAAGUGGCAAACUUCAGUAAAUUAUGUUCCGUAAAAUUAGCGCGCGAAAAUCUUCAGCUACUACAAGAUAUAACCAGAAAUCGGUUAAAUAACACAAAUCUAACAUGCAAUAUAUGCCAGAAGGAGUACACUAGCGAGAGGAAGCUGCUGAACCACCAAGAAAACAAGCAUAUGCUGUGCUAUAAACCAGAAAACAAAAUACGUAAAAAAGUUUCGUUUUCCGACGAGAUAAUAGUCCACGAACUGAAAGAGUACCACAGUUGUCGAAAAUGUCCUAAGAUUUACGAGGAUUACGAGUCCUUGAAGAGCCAUAUGAAGGAUUUCCAUAAGAAGCGUAAGUGCUACGUAUGUUUCUAUUGCUCAAAAGACUUCGUCGACAGAAUGUUCUUCAAAUUACACAUAAAACUCCACUGUGACUCCUGUGGUGCGUUGUUUCCCAAUAAAAAAGAAUACAACGACCAUAGACGGUUUAUAUGCAAGAAGAUCAAGAAGUAUGUAUGCAAAACUUGUCAGAUAAUCGUGUUCCACUUCCUGGAUCUAAAAGACCACAGUUAUGAGCAUUUGGGGACGUUCUACAUCUGUGACAUAUGCAAGGACAGGUUCGAUGACAAAUGUGCUUUGUCCCACCAUAUAAAGUUUCUACACUCAAAGAGACGUCCUAAAUCUUUAUAUACAACACAAACUACUGAAGAUGAAAUAAUAUAUAGAUGUAAUUUUUGUGAAUUGAGUACCCAGAAGUUGGUGUUGAUGGUGAAACAUGUAUCUACCUUUCCGGAGUACGACAAAUGUGCCAUGACGGGUUAUAGGGACUUUUACUUCUGUGACCAAUGCUUUGAGAAGUUCAGUACAGAAACAGACAUGUUGCAGCAUAAAUGGUCGCAUUUUUUAGUAAAUAACCCACAAAAAUCCCCAGAUUCACCCAAACCGAUCACAGUAUUCAAUAUGGAAGCUUCUAAUCUAAUGCGAAAUACAACAUUUACAGAAACAACAGAAGUUGCACAGAUACAAAAUUCAAAAAUAACAGAAAACACCACAGAGGUAGCACAGGUAGCACCAAAAAGGUUUUACAAUUUAAAUGAGGAAUUACCAGAGUUUCUCCGACGUCAACCUCGAGUUGUGGUUGAAAGAUUGCCAUUCCAUGGCAAAAAUGCAGAGGUGUCUGGAAACUUGAAUGAUGUAACCAAUUUAUUAACCAAUGAUCUGGAGACAUUGAACAAUGAAACCAAAAAAAAAAGACACACAAAGACACUCAUAUCAAAGUAUCAAUGCAAGCUGUGUCUCAAAUAUCUAUCGACAAACUCAACCCUAAAACGACAUAUGCUUACUUUACAUGGACAGACAAGUGAAGAUAACUUCAGUUCACUCCACUAUUAUCCACAAUAUCAAAAUCCAGAUAAUCUCCGCUGCCAUGUAUGCGAGGAAGACUUUGCACUGCCAUCAUUGCUGCAGACACACAAUUGCUUCAGAGCCAACACUUUUAUGUCACAAAUACAACUGACAGAUGCAAAAUCUACAAACCGUUAUGACCACAACAUGGGAUUGGAUGACAUAAUCUGCAUAGACGAUGACGAUGAUUACAUGAACAAUGUAGAUUUCGACAUACCCGCACCAAUUGUGGAGUUGACAGAAUAUGAAAACGUCAAUUUGGUAAUCAAUAAUGACAGGCAGUUGAACGGUGCAGCUAACAAGGAUGCAGCAGUUGAUGGUAACAGCCAUCUCUUGGAUGAUUUGUUAAAAGAUGUUCCAGUUGGUGGUAACAAGUUGAAUACUGUGGCAGUGGACAACAAUAAUACACAACUUAUAAACAGAUUAUCAAAUCCUGCAGUUAGAAAUGACAUGCAACACUUAAAUGGGCAGUUGAAUUCUGCAGUCGUUCUGAGUAACAGGCUGUUGAAUAAUAUUGCAGUUAAUGGUAAUGACAGUCAACGUAUUAAUGGGCCGUCAUAUGAUAAUAACAAACAGAUAGUAGGUGCAGUUAAUAGAUAUGACAGGCAGUUGAAUACAUUUAGUCCUAGACAGAUAGGUGCAGUUAACAGAUAUGAUAGGCAGUUGAAUGCAAAUAACAUUAACUCCAAUACUGCAGUUGAUAGAUUUGAUAAGCAAGGUUCUAAUGGGCAGUUGAAUGCAGGCAAUGCGAUUAAUAGGCAGUUGCCUGCAAUAAAUAGAAAAAGUCUUCUGAUCAGUAAUAACCCCCAGUUUGUUGCUAUGCCAAUAAAUAGAGUUAGUGCAGAUAGUAACGGGCCGAGGCAGUACUUCAAUAGAUUGUUGAAUACUGCGGCAGUUGAUGGUAAGCAGAAGAAAAUUAGUAACCUUCGUUUGGUUGUUACAGAGGUACCUAUUGAGUUUUAAGACUGAAUAUUAUCCAUAGUAAUAAUGUAAAUGAGAAUGUAUGUCUGUUUGUUAUCUUUUCACGGCUAAACCGAUUUGUCUUUCGAUCAGGCUUAAUAGGCUAGUUGACACAUUUUUUCAUUAUUUAUUGUUCUACUAGAAAGAAACAUUUUUUUUUUUCAUAUUUUUUUUGAGACCUGAUUACAUGAAAAUAUUAGUUUUUAAAUAUGUUUUUGACAAUACGAGCCAAAACGCCUGUCGGCCAUGACAGUCUGUAAUGGGCAUGAUGACUAGGUUUGAAUAUAUUGAUUUUUAUGAUACAUUCGGGUAAAUAGGGUCAAUGUUAACUAAUUUAUACAUAAAAAGCAAAGAUUGUCUGGAUAUUUGCAAAAUAAAUGAGAUUAUAAAAUUUCAAAAACUAUUAAAAAAAAUUUAUCGUAAUUAGAUGAAAAUUCAUACAGUUUUAGCUUCCUUACAUUAAAUGUGACAUUUUUUAAUAUAUGAACUAUAAAGAUAAACGCACAAAUAACAAAGAUAUUUGUAAUUUUGUUUGAACGCGCAUACAAAUCUAACGAUCAUUACAUUGCCUAUGACGUCAUUUUUUCGAGCCAUUUUGUAUGGGGCGUUUUUCAGGGAUCCGCGGCAGCGCCGCAAAUCUGACCCUUUAAAUCCCUGUAGCUCCGAAAGUAAUGAUCGCAGAUACCCUGUUACUUUUACAAAAUUGCUUUACUAUUAGUAUACUCUUAAUUUAUAUACAAUUUAAAAAACUGUCAUCAUCCCUAUUCAACUGUUUCAUGACGUCACUACAAUAAAUCCCAUACAAACGGAGCGUUUGACAAAAAUAUUAAUUAACAAUUAGUUCGACGUUUAGUACAUCAAGGGUGUUAGUGACGUCACAAAAUGGACGACAGCGUUUUUGUCGUUUGGAAAAUUUUAAAAAAUACGUGAUAUUUAAAUUAAGUAAUCCUUAAAUUUUAUUAAUUGGUAUUGAUAUAUUUCGAAGCCUAUACGAAAUUAAUAUUGUUUAUAUUAAAUUUGAUAUAAAUCAACUACCCUAUUGUAAUCAAGCGUAAGCCUGUAUUGCAUAAAAAAGAUGGGCUGACUAACUUUCAUACUUUUUAAUGCCUGGUUAUCACAGGUUCUCGGUUUAAUACUAAGAGGGCUUCUACUGAUAGGCUAGUUGAUACUUUGAGCGCGGCGACCGAAUCAAGAAAUUCUGUAACGAAAUUAAACCUAACACCCAAGUUGUGCAUCAAGUUAACACAUUUCGACGUCAUCAUAUCGACUAAACUGGACAAGUGUGAAACUAAGGGGCUAAACUUAUUUAACCAGAGUAUGAUAUGAUUUAUUUAUUUAUUUUUUAUGUUGUUAUAUUUCUUAUUUAAUCAAUAAAACAAAAAAAAAUUGUUUUCUUAUCGGCCACCACGCUCAAAAAGUGUAACUUGAAUUAAAAUCAAAAAAAAAAUGCUGCAUAAAUAAAAUUAAUAAAUAUUUAUAAUUGCUUAAGUUGAUAAAAAAUUUUUAACAAUACGAGCCAAAAUGCUGUCGACCAUGACGGUGUAUAUUUUAACUGUUUCAUGACGUCACGUUAACUAGUCCUUUACCAAACGAAACGUUUGAUAAAUAUAUUAUAGUUAUCAAUUAGUUUGACGUUUAUUACAUCAAGUGACAUUGUGACGUCAAAAAAUGGUCGACAGCGUAUUUGAGGUCUGGAAAAAAAAAAUUGCAUGUUUUAAAUUAUUUAAAUCAAGUUUUAUAAGAAAUCCUUAAAUUUUAUUAAUUGUUAUCGAUAUAUUUCGGACCCUUAUUCCAUGUACUUGAAAUUAAUAUUAUUUAUAUUAAAUUUGAUAUGAGUCGCGACUACCCUACUAUGAUUUGUCAAGGAGGGGAGGAAUCUCAACCAAUCUCACGCGUUUUUCGACAAAUUCAUCGUUAACACCCACAUUCAUCACUCAGAAUGAGAGGGGUUAGGCCAAUAGUCCACCAUGCUGGCCCAAUGCGGAUUGGCAGACUUCACACAUGUUACAGAAUAAAGAAAACCCUCAGGCAGCAUCCCUCACGAUGUUUUUGUUCACAUUUUGAGACAACUAUAUUUAAUUUCUUAUAAUGCACAAGGGAAAAGUUGAAGGUUUAUGCCCUGGACCAGGUUCAAUCCUGCACCCUCUGAAUCAAAGGUAGAGGUCGUAUCUAUUGGGCUAUCGCGGGUUCUUUAAAAUUACUUACACUAAUUAUUCCCCUCUAACUUAACUACCCUCGUGGGUACAGUGCUUAGCUUAUGUUGUUCGGUUUACAAGGUUCUGGGUUAUAUGUGAGCCUAGACGACGCGGUUCCCGUUGGAAUACGGGGAUAAUGUUGAUAAAUGGGCUAUCUAACUCUGAAAGAAUUUUUCAAAUAGUUCCUGAGAUUAGCGCGUUCAAGCAAACAAACAAACUUUUCAGCUUUUUUUAAUAUUAGUAUAAAUGCUGAGUUUUUCUUUCUUCUAAGAAAUGUUAAUUAUUGUAGAAGUUAACCAUUCAACUACACAAACCGACACUUUUAGGGAGCUCUUUGCAUGACGUAAACUAUUACUACUGUGAAACAUCGAUUCUAUAGAGGUAGUUUUUAAAAAAGCGUUAGAUCAUUGAUCUUAAACUAGGAUAGAGGGGUAAUGUCUAGUGAGUCAGGUCCCGAUCUAAUUCGACUGAGGCACCAUAUCAGUCGACCGACGUUCACUGCUGCAGGACAUACGCCUUUUGUAGGGAUCUGCGAACCCCUUUCAUGUUUUCGUUGGUUUACAUUUGUAAUUUUAUUGAUAUUAUUAUUAGUAUACUAGCGGACGCCCGCGACUUCGUCCGCCCCUAGAUCUCUUUAAUCUGGCCCCUACAGUAGUAACUUCUCCCGUUUUCUCAACAUUUCCCUUCACUCUGCUCUGCUCCUAUUGAUCGUAGCGUGAUGAAAGUAUACCUGCCCAGGAGUAUGAAGAAUAAUUGUACCAAAUUUGGUUACAAUCCGUCGAGUAGUUUUUGUUUCUAUAAAGAACAUACAGACAGACAAAAAUUUUACUGAUUGCAUCUUUGGCAUCAGUAUCGAUCACUAAUCAUCCCCUGAUAUUUAUUUUGGAAAUAUAUUUCAUGUACAGAAUUGACCUGUACAGAUUUAUUAUAAGUAUAGAUUAAGUAUUGGAGAAAAAAAUAUAUAUAACUAUGUUUAUAUUAUACUUAUAGGUAUAUGUGGUUAGUAAUUUUUUGUUGAAAACAAGUAUUACGCAUUAUGACAUUAUAGAUAUCAAGUUAAAGUUAUAUUUCGUUCCAUUUUUAUUAUAAUUUCAUAGUUAUUCUUUUGUGUAGUAUGAUAUUUGUUUUUUUUAAUAACAAGUUAGGUAUGUUUUAAAUAAUAAGAUACCUAUUUGUAAUGAUAACCUAUUAAAUUUGUAAAGGAGAAAUCCUGUCAGUUUGUCAGCUUAUUUGGCCAAUACCGAUUGAUCUGAAAAUUUGUCUCAUAAGAUAUCGUUUUAUGUUCUUAUUUUUGGUUAAUUUUUAGCUCUGUAUCAUUUAUAAAAUUUUUGGUCGCGAAUUUGUAUGUAAACUGAGUUUCGCCUUUCAGUUCGUAAAGUUGUGAAAUGUAUUCUUAAUUUAAUUUUACAGGUUUGUAAUAUUUCAAUGUGUGCUAUAAACAUAAUAAAAAACGUGACUACUAUAAGUACGUACGUGGGUUAACAUAAAUUCUAACGAUUCGUUUAUGGGUCUGUGAGAGCCUCAUUUUAGGAGGGUUCAUUGAUUUUCAGGCGCGCGUGUUACCGUCCGCUCCCACGCGGGCGAGGAAUUGUCUUCAUUCGCUCAUUGCCAGGCGUGCGUGUUGCCGCCUGCACCUCUCUCGCUCUUCUCUGUCACACCUCGCACCCCUGUACCACGCGGGCGAGGAGUUGUCUUCAUUUGCUCAUUGCCAGUGCGCGUGUUGCCGCCUACACUUCUCUCGCUCACACCCGAAACCAUGUGGUGCACCAUGAACAUGAGUCAUGUGGUCAUUGUCUAUAUUUAACUUUAGGUGUACGCCAUACCUAUAAAAUAGUUUUAAAUUUAAGUCUGUACAUAAUAUAUAACUACCAGCCUAUAAUACCUUGUACUAUUGCGCUGUAGCACGGUGCGGGUGAUAGUUGCCUUCUGACGUUCAUAAUACGUAGUAUUAUCGUGAAUCGCGGCAAACUUUCAAGAGUGAAACUAACUGUCUCCCGCACCAUGCUACAGCGAACGAGCUGUAGUAUAUAACUACUAUGUCAUAGUAAAUAGGUGUGUACAAUUUUAAGUUGUAUCUGUAAGAUUAAAUAUUUUUUUUAAA